AUGAAUGAUGUGGGCAUUGGCGACAUUCGCGCGAAAGCUCUCCGAUCAAAACGGACUGAAUUGAGUCAAAUUGUCUCGUCGCGAAAGCGAAAGCUCAGGGAGCUGUUCGGCAUCCUCGCUGAAGAUGGCCCUAUCCCGUCAACCCUCGCCGACCCAAACGCCCCCAUCACCACCAUCGCCGAAGCCCGAUUCCUCGAGGUCAGCGACAUCUUGCAAGACCGCCUGUUCGACGAAUCCAACCUCCCGGCGCGGCGACAGUUGAGAUCCAGCGCCUCGAAGCAAGCGCAGGCGGCCAAGCUGCAGCGUGAUGGGUCCAGAUCGAGGAAGAGUCGGCCGACGACUCCCAGAACGGAUGCUGGGACCUUGACGGCAGCCCCUACCACCGAAUCCAGAGAACAGCGUCACGCCAAUACAAUUCGGGUCCCAGGACUGCCCAUGCAAAGAUCGACUUCGAAGGGCUCGCAGACCGAUCUUCCAGCAGAGGCAUCCGCGGUACUUGACGACGUUGUGGAGCAGACUCGGGAGAAUGCGAAGGGGCGCCAACCCUCUACCCCCGCGCCCCUGGUACCGGAGUCGGUGGUAGAGAGUGAGCGGCCUAGGAGCGCCGGGAGUACACAGAACGGUCCAGGCCUGGAUCCAGGGAAGGCUACGCCAAGAUCUGCAGAGGAUGCUGCAAACCUACCGGAACCUGUCAUCCAAGGACGGGGUUCACACGAUGAGCCGCUCAAGGCUGUUACGGCCCACCUACCACCCCAGGAUGUACAGGAACAGCACUUGGAGAGGAAGGGGGUUCGGGAGUACCAAGAUGAUCAGGCGAGACAACUGUCAAUCAAGCCUCCUCGAGAUGCGAUCAAGAAUACAGAGGCUGCCUCUUCGCCAGGCUCGACGAUCGACGCCCAUUCUGCUACGACUUCUGCCAUGCAUGAAGUAUCGGCUGAUACGAGUCCAGAUAGUGGAUCGAGAUGUGGUCCGGAGACACUCGACAACAAGGAGGGUGAAGUACCUACCCCAUCAGGAUCGAAGCCAACGCCAGAGGAAUCAUCCGGAAAAGAGCAUCACGAUAGAAUUGUGAAGGCCCAGAUGGAGGUUUCCGCUGCCGAAGUCCUGAAGAAAGGAGCUUCUGAGCAGUUGCAGGAGGUAGAAGCUGGAUCCGGUCUCUCUGAUGAGCCACCGAAAGCUGGUGAAUUACAGGCUGCUCCUGGCUCAUUGAGUCAAGAGGGUCCUCCUGCCCAAGGACGUAUCACGGGAGCCCUUGAAGAUGUCCAGGAUGUUGUGGAAGAUAGAAAAGGAGCCGCAGCAGGAUCAUUAACUGCCCAAGAGGAAGCAGUGUCCAGAUCUGAACCACGAAGCGUAGCACCCAGAGAGCCAACCAAGCAACCUGAGAUUCCGGACUCCGAGCCUGAGGAGGAGGUUACUCCAGCCACUGGUCCUAUGGACGUCGACAGGACUACAGUCAAGGACUCAUUUGAAAGUAGUGCUCCGGCUGAAAGUAUCUCUACAAAUUCCCCUGUCGUCCCUGAACCUCCGGAAACAACAACUCCUGCUACUGAUUCACACAUGCCCUCAACGACUCCAGUCUCCGCAACACCUCGACAGAGGCCAUCCAUCCCAGCACCCCCUCCCGAACGGAUGACUACUCGGAUAUCCUCUGGCGCCAUGCGGCACAAGUCCGUUAUAGAGAUGAUAGAAGAAUCUUCGGGUCCCGACUCGGUCCGAAACCUGCAUUCAUCCCCAAAGAGUACCACGCCCCAGUCUCCCAGUGCCCGUAUGCGUCUAGCCGAGAAGGCUAGGGAAAAGGAGCGCAGCAAACUCUCCACGGUUGUCUUUCCAGGCCGUAAGCCCGCAGCGCCAGUUAGCAAUUCGGCCAAUUCAUCACCCACAUCAGCUUCUGACAAGGAUUAUUUCAAACCGCUGUUCCUUCAUCAGGCCUACGAGAGGAAAGGGCUGCCCAUAGAAAGCCUGGUGGCAACAGCUCACAAGACGAUCACCACGGCCAAUUCUUUGGUUACAGUCCAUGAGAGCCAGACAACCAGAGUCCUCAAACGAAUCUAUAGCUUGCAAAGCUGUGACAAGUGGACUCUGAGACAGCCCAAGCGAUCACCGGAACCAAUCAGGCACACGAGCCAUUGGGACCUCCUGCUUCAAGAAGCAAAAUGGAUGCGGACAGAUUUUAGGGAAGAGGGAAAGUGGAAAAGAGCGGCGGCUCGCAACCUCGCGUACGCAUGCGCAGAAUGGGUGGAGUGUAUCCCAGAAGAUAGGAAGCUUCUCCAAGUCAAAGCGACACCGCCGAAGCCUACCGAGCCCAGCGCAGAAGUGGCACAUGAUGUUGAGAUGGGAGACGCAACAAGCCAGGCCGGGGCGUAUCCCACACCCGAACUUGUUGCCUCUGGCGGACCUGAUACUCCCAUGGAAGAAUUCGACGAGGAGCCCCGCCUCAACCUGACGGAAACGGUUUCUCCCACAGCAAUAUUUGGAUUGCAGGACGAUGACAUUGUCUUCGGACUGCGGAGGUCUCCUGCCACUGAAAAGUUGCUCAAUGAGCUCCCGAUGUAUGGAGCGCCCCUGCGAGUUCCAACAAACCAGCCAACCCCACAAAUCGACCCCGACCGGUACUGGAAACGACCUGCCUUGCCCUUGAGCAAAUACGUAGAAGGCCGCAUGGAGUUGAAGGUUCAAAUCCCCCCAAGAAAGCGGAGCCGCUUUGAGCAUCAACUCGAAGAUGAAGACGAGAACCAUGUUAUUUUCGGCGAGCCGCACCCGAAACGAACAGUCCUCCCACCCGAAUCGACGGACGUCGCCUUGUUUCACCCCGACCACAAACAUAUCCGAGAUCGCAUACACUCAUCACAUCAAUUCAGACCGCCAUCUGAGUUCCCAAUGCCACUUCAGAGCUUCUUUGAGUCCCGCAUACCCUCUCAGUGGACCCCCGAUGAAGAAUAUGACCUGAGGAGUCACGUGCGGGAAUACUCGUACAAUUGGUCGCUCAUUUCCAGUCUCCUAUCUUCGCCGUCCCUCUUCGUAUCCGGAGCCGAACGGCGCACCCCAUGGGAGUGCUUCGAGCGCUGGAAUUUCCUCGAAGGUUUGCCUGCUGACAUCCAGAAGACUCAUUACUUCAGAGCGUACACAUCCCGCAUUGAUGCUGCUAACCGCAAUAUAAUGGCUCAAAACAACGCAAUCCCACCACAGCCAAAUGCCAAUGGUCAAGUACAGCAGGUCACUCCUCGGAGAAGGCUUACCACCGCCCUUCGAGUUGAACGCAGGAGGAACCAAAAACAUCUCACCCUCGUUGACGCGAUGCGGAAGCUGGCCAAGAAACGCGAGACGAGUGCUCAGAAACAGGCUCAUGUCGCUGGCAUGGCCGCAAUGCGCAAGGCGAACGACGCCCCCCCGGCGAAUCGUAACCUUCUUGCGACCACCCCGCAAGACUUUAGUCGGCUCAAGCAUGAGCGGGAUGAGGCUUUCAAGGAGCGUCUGCAGGCAAUGCAACUGCGGCAAGAUGCUAUGCGAAAAGCCAACAAUCUGCAGCAGCAGCAGCAGCAGCAGCAGCAGCAAGGGAGGCACCCGGGCAACCUGCAGCAGCCUGGUAUGUUCAACGGAGGUCCUCCCCGGCCUGCAAACUCCGCCUUGCCAGUCAGCGGGUCGGCUGCUCCGCCUGGCCAAAAUCUCACUGUCCCUGGCCAGAACAGACCUCCUCGCCCCAUGCCCUCUCAAAUACCCGGUCAGCCUGUAACGAACAACAAUCUUCGAGUUCCUCAAAUGGGGAUGAAUGGUGUCCCAGCCGCCCAGAUGCUAGGACAGAUGCCCCUGCCAAACCCUUCCCUGGAUCACGGGCUCGUCAGCCGCGCUCAUCAAAUUUCUCAACAUCAACAAGCCAUACUACGUCAACAGCAAGGUCAGAUCAACGGCCAGUCCCCUCAGAUGCACAAUUCUCCUCCCCGCAUGAACGGCCUGCCACAGCCCGGAUUUCAAAUGCAGAACAAUAUGAUGCCCCCAUUCAAUCCCAAUCCCAACGGUGUCUCGACGCCCCCAGCAAAUUCCCAUAUGCCAUCCCCUGUACAGGGUCACUCCGGGUCUCCACGGAUGGGACAGAACCCUCUCCAGCAUCCGACCGUCCAGGUCUUGGAGCAGCAGAUCAAGCAGCUGCAUCCCAACGCAACCCCCGAACAAGUCAUGCGCAUGAUCCAGGAGCGCUUGACCAAGACUGUCGCUACCAGCACUCAAUACCAACAGCAGCAGCAGCAGCAGCAACAGCAACAGCAGCAGCAGCAACAGCAGCAACAGCAGCAACAACGGCAGGGGCUCGCUCAAAGUGCCAUGAAUGCUGCCGCCGGGGCGGGAGGUCAUGCAAUGCCUGGUAUGAAUGGAAUGGGUGCUGGUCAAGGGACUCCUCAACACUAUGCUCAGAUGUUGAGGCAGCAGCAAGAGAACCAGCAAAAGGCAGCACAGGCUCAGCAACAGGCCGCAUCUCUGGCAGCGUCCGGACAUGGACAAGGACAAAGUCAAGAAAACAGGAACUCUAACGGAGGUAGCGGUGGGGGGAAUUCAGCACAGGGCCAUGCGCAUAGGGGCUCUUCUGGCAGUGUACAAAGUGGGAAAUAG